UUUUUAAGCUUUGGAAACAUGUCGGGUCGCGGGAAGCAGGGAGGCAAAGUCCGAGCUAAGGCUAAGUCGCGCUCGUCGCGGGCCGGGCUGCAGUUCCCCGUGGGCCGCGUGCACCGGCUGCUGCGCAAGGGCAACUACGCGGAGCGGGUGGGCGCCGGCGCCCCGGUGUACCUGGCGGCCGUGCUGGAGUACCUGACGGCCGAGAUCCUGGAGCUGGCGGGCAACGCGGCCCGCGACAACAAGAAGACGCGCAUCAUCCCCCGCCACCUGCAGCUGGCCAUCCGCAACGACGAGGAGCUCAACAAGCUGCUGGGCAAGGUGACCAUCGC